CGGCUGAUAAUACGUAAAUCGGAGCGAACAAACGGCAUGAGCGGUUCAACCUUCAACGACAUGACUAAGUAUUUGCUCGACUUUGACAUUUUCACCGUCCUGAUCUUCCCUUGUGCUUAUUUUCUGUGGGAAUUCCUGCUACUAGUAGUAGUGUCCUAUGCAGUAAUUCCGCCUAUAGAACUGAACAUAUUAUCCAGACCUGCGUUAGCCCUUACGGCCUUAAGGUUGAUAACUAGGCGCGACAAUAGUGGGCGCGCACACAACUAGCCCAAGUACGCGACUAGCGUAUUUUCUCGUCGAUGUCAG